UUAACCAUAAGACCAAACAUAAACCCCAAACCGCCUUCCUCUCUCCUCUUUCAUACAAAUUAUUCUUUCAUUGAAGAUUCACUCACCUGCCAGGUUUAGUUACUGAAGUUAUAUAAUAAUCACUGGUCUUUCUGGAAGUAGCUGCUUGGGCAUGAGAAGAUCUCUGGAAAGCUCUACCAAAGUUUCCAGAGAAACUAUCUUCCAGGUUGAAGUUUGAAGAUAAAGGGCUUCAACAUAGACAAAGUUCUACACAAAAUCCGCAGAGAUGUCCUCUGUUCUCCGCUUAUGUAUUGUACAUCACCACCAGCCCCUGCGCAUAAUGGGCACACGAAUGCUGACAUCAGAACGUGUGGGGUUUGCGCCCAUCAGGAGUCAUGAGCUCAAGGACCCGGUUCCACCUGCCCUGCUAUCUUUCAAGGACCCACGAGCAUUCCAGUCCAAGAGCUGGUGGGAACUAAUACGAGCGCUUGGGGUUUUUAGACUCUGCUCUUACCCUGUGCUGGUCAAUAACUGUGGCAAGCUUAUGUCGUUUACACGGGCCGUCUUGGGCAAACGAGUUUUCGCCAUGGUUCUUCGGCCAUUUGUGUACGCUCAGUUUGUUGCUGGGGAAACAGAGAGUGAGAUUGCAGUGUCCAUGGAGAAGAUGAACUCGCAGGGACUACAUCCCAUGUUGGCUGUUCCCAUUGAAGAGGAUCUAGGAGAAAGCUCUGGAGAGAAGAAGUACGAUGACAACUUGGCGGCCAUGUUGGAGUGUGUUCACAUGUCUCACAGUAACGCUUGGAGCAAAGAUCCCAUGAUGCAGCUGAAGAUCACUGCCUUGGUCAGCCCUGAGCUUUGUGUUAAGCUGACUUCCUUGCUGAAGAAACAACAUUAUGAUCUUGACCUCUUGGUUAGAGCUUUGGACAGAGAGGCUGUUACAUUUCCUGGGCUCAGUGAAACUGAAAACACACAUUUUCUACUUGGACUCAACAGACUGAACCAAAUUGGAGAGGCAAGUGUUAACAAAGUCAGAGUUCUAGUGGAUGCUGAGUACACGUACAUGAAUCCUGCGCUCUCUCUUGUCACCAUGGCCAUGAUGAAGAAGUUCAAUCGGGAUAGUGCCUGGAUCUGGAACACAUACCAGUGCUACCUGAAGGAGUCCAGAGACCUUGUUUUUGAUGCUAUCCAUCUGUCUGUGGACCAGUCUUUUUGCCUUGGGGUUAAACUUGUCCGAGGUGCAUACAUGGACAAGGAGAAAAAGCUGGCUCACAAGGAAGGACGAGAAGAUCCCAUUCACCAGUCCUGGGAGCACACAAAUAAUAGCUACAACGGGUGUCUGGAAGUGAUACUUAACCUGAUUUCCCAGCAGCCUGACCGUUACAAGAUCAUUGUAGCAACUCACAAUGAAGAAUCGGUUAGAAAGGCAGUGACAUGGAUGACCGAGUUAGGGAUUGCUAGAGAUGGCGGUUCAGUGUGUUUCGGUCAGCUUCUGGGCAUGUGCGAUCAUGUGUCUCUCACUCUAGCUCAGCAGGGUUUCUCAGUGUAUAAGUCGGUGCCUUAUGGUUCAGUGGAUGACACUCUGCCUUAUCUGGUUCGGCGGGCUCAGGAGAAUCGCACCGUACUGCAAGGGAUCCGCAAAGAGAGAGACCUGCUGAAGCAAGAGCUACGUCGUAGAGCCCGGGAGAAGAUCACUCAAGCCAAGUAGAGAGAGGGAGAAAGAACAAUAACAAACAAUUGGAGAAGUGAAGCGUCUGCAGUAUGAAUGUGGUUUGUUGGUAGUUAUGAUAGCUAUAGAAAGGUGUUGGCUUAACUGAUGUAUUGAGCUGAAUUAAAAGCAGGUUAAGUAAUGAUUAAUUGGUAAAAUAGAAAAAGAAAAAAAACAUGAUUUUAUGAUGAGUGUAAUGAUCUGCUUUAUUAAGCAACAAAGACUGCAUAGGUAUCUUUUGUUGUGUUAUUUUCAUGUGGUAUUUUCCUACGUACCUCUGCAUUAAGUGUGCUUCAGUCUGUCGUACUUCAUCAGCUUGCAGACUUCUGAAUGUUUUUUUCCUCAGAGAUAAUUUACUCCAUAGGAUUUGUUUACCUAGCCGUUCACCUUUUACAUCACCAAAUGGAGAGAAAAGGAGAGGAGCGGUCUAUAGCCAUUAUCACCUGCUCUUUAAUGACUUUCAGCACUACAGCCAGUUCACUCCCAUUCAAAACCUGUUCUUGAGCAAAUGGGCCUGGACUCUGUUACUCUGCAGGAUAACAAAUAUACUGAUGAUAAAAUUAAGUUCCAUCAAAGGAAGAAAUGAAAAUAGGAGCAGUAAAAACAGAACGCUAAAACAGCAACAGGAAAUCCAUGACAAGUCGUUCCUUUCAGUACAUUGUGUGAGCGCUCUUUACAGCCACCUCUACUUGACAGCCCCGGGGUAGGGAACUGAAACUCUUUUGAAUCUUAAAGAAGUUAUUGAGCAGCAGAAUGCACAGUUGUGCUACGUUCUCAACAUAUGCAUCUCCUCGUAUGAUCCAGAGUCACACACUGGUAGUCCAGGAUCCAGGAUUGGAUCUUUGAGAUAUCUUUAAUCCUUGUCUGCACAAUGACACAGGAAACGGUGGAGCACCUUUACUGGGACACGACAUGCCAGCCUGAAUGAAGCAUUCCAGUUCACUCGCCUUACUUCUCAUGACAUACGGAGUAUUAUGGAGUAUGUAAGAAAAAAUGUAGCCCUUUCUCUGAGUUCCGCAACUUGUAAAUGAAGAGAAUUAAUGGAAUUUUAUAUGUGUGUAAUAUACAUCGUCAAACGGUACAAUGUAAUGUCUCAGUAUCUGUAAUGAAUCAGUGUCUUUCUUUAAAAAUACACACAAAAAUCUACAGUGGGGCCCAAUAGUCUGAGCUCACUAGUGAAAAUGCAUUCUUUUCAAAUUUAAUACAAAAUAUUUCUUAUAUUUUUAGCAACUGGAGUGAAAAGCAGAAUUUCUUAGUAUGUGGUAUGCCACCUUUUGCUUUAAUGCUGGUAUGGGAUGCCAUAAGCUUGUGUAAAAUCUGUCAAUCCAUGUUCAGAUCCAUCGGUGCGUUGUCUGAACAAGUGCUGCUUUCUUUGUUUUAUUUAUUUUAUUUUAUUUUUUUUCAAAAUUCUAAAACUUUCUCUUUGUUCCAGUUUUAAAUAGAAAACACCCAGAUUUUCAAUGUGGUCUCAGACAUUUGGACCACACUGUAUAACUAUAGAUGUUUCAUUCCAAAAAAAAAAAAAAAAAAAAAAGGUGUUACUUUUCUCAUCUGUAUAUACAAAUUGAAGGAUUCCAAGUAGAACUAUGGGAAAUUAUACACUGUAUUGCGAAACUUUUGUGUACACCUGAGCUUAAGACUCAUAUGUGCUUUCUGAACAUCCCAUUCCAGAUUUAGUCCCUCUCUGACAUUAUAAUAACCUCCACUCUUCUGUGAAAGCUUUCCACUAGAUUUUGGAAUGUGGCUGUGGGAAUUUGUGAUCAUUCAGCCACACGAGCGUUAGGCACUGAUGUUGUGCGAGGAGGACUGUGGUUCAGUCAACAUUUAAGUUUAUCCCAAAGGUGUUCAUUGGGGUUGAGGUCAAGGCUCUGCGCAGGACUCUCGAGUUCUUCCACUCCAUCCUUGGUUCAUCAUGUCUUCAUGGAGCUUGCUUUGUGCACAGGGGCAUUGUCAUGCUGUGGAACAUGUUUGUUCCAAUGUAGGGAAAUUGUAAUGUUAUAGCAUACAUAGACAUUCUAUAUAAUUGUACCCUUCUAACUUUGUAACAAAUGGGUGUGAUGGUCAGGUGUCCACAUACUUUUGGCCAUAUAAUGUAUAAUGAGAACUGUGAAUUUGUUCUAGAUAUUAGAAAUUACAAGCCAGAGAUUAUGUGAGAACAUUCACAGCACUCUUUGUGCAUUCAUUUAUUCAUUCAUCUGUAGAGAGUAACUCUAUCCUUGUCAGGGUUGUGGUGAAUCUGGAGCCCAUCCUGGGAACACUAGGUGUGAGGUGGGAAUACAUCAUGGAUGGGAUGUCAAUCCAUUACAAGGCAUCAUUUACACACACACACACACACACACACACACACACACACACACACACACACACACACACACACACACACACACACACACACACACACACACACACACACACACACACACACACACACACACACACACACACACACACACACACACUGUUUCAUACCUAGAGGCAAUUGUUGUGUUUUUGGAAGGUUGGAGGACACUGGAGAACCCAGGAAACAUGCAAAACCCUGAUGCUGUGAAGUAGCCAAACUACCUGCUGCUUAGCACAUGGAUGUUUUACUUGAAUAGAUGGUUUCGGUGCAAAUAUUUUACUUCCUUUUUUUUGUCAAUCUUUAUGAUGUCACAUGUUUACCAUGAUUUAAAGAACAUUGCUAAUGUUUAUUUUAAUAUAAACUGGAAGACUGCGUCAGUGUUUUCUGUAUGAAAGUGUAUAUCGAAUUCAUUUUCUUAGAUGAAUUUAUAAAGGUAUAUUUAUAUAAGUA